GUUCUACUGUCAUACAGCGGAUCCUGAGCGGACCCAUGUCGGAUCCCUGUACGCGGACGCGCCUUUCACAGAGGAUGGCUCCGCCCACUGUCAAACAGCGGAUCCUGAGCGGACCCAUUUCGGAUACCUGGAUGCGGACGCGCCUUUCACAGAGGAUGGCUCCGCCCACUUAUGACGGUUGAAUUUAACAGCUAUCGCAGACGCUUAAAGAACCGGAGAAGGUCAAGUCAUCAUCGGAGAUUUUCUGUGCUUUUUUGACUUUGGGCUGAAUCCUCUUGAAUGAGUAAGUGCAUUUAUUAAUUGAGAUAUUGCGACAUUCACAGUAAACAUUGGCCUUUCUGUUUUCAUCAUGUAGGGGCUGUAUGCUAUAAUUGUAUUGUAAUGACUUUGCUUGAUAUUGAACUAGCAGUAUAACCGAGAAGUGAUUGAUCAUGUGAGUGUAUUUGAUUUAAAAUGCAAUAGCAAUUUCGGCAGACUAUGUUAUGUAAGGGACAAUGUAUAGAACGCCGGUCAUUAUGGGGAAAAUGAGCCCCGUGUCGGUCUGGUCUGUUUUAAGGCCCAUAUCCAUUAUCUACUCCUAGCCUAUCUGCCUGGCAACGGACGAUCACGUCGAAUGACAUGAACAUUCGCGAACCUUCUAUCUAGCGAUCCGUUAUCUGUAUUGUGCUAUUUCGUCCUUGACCUGCUUUAAACACUCAGUUUACUUGCUCUAUUUGAUUAAACAAUUAAAUACAAUACAAAUAUAAAGUAAAAACAAGUGUUAUCAAGCGAUCCGUUAACUGUAUUAUGUUAUUUCGUCUUAAGCAACAUGAGCGCGAAUGUUUUUUGAAACCUGCCCGGCAACGGACGACGCGAUCAUCUGCUGACAGGCAGGUUUGGAAUGGAUUACGUAUGGAUGAUGCGCCCGGUACAAAUUUGGCAGCCGGUACAAAUUUAGUGUGACAGUGCCCGCGUUGCCCGGGCUGCUGUCACGGGCCCGCAGUUCCAGGGCCAUUCAUUCAUUCACGGGGCACGCGGGAGACGCGGGAGUGCCGUGGCCGCGUUGCCCACGGUUCCCGGGCCAUUCAUUCAUUCGUUCGCGGGGCACGGCGGGAGUCGGGGGAGACGCGGGAACGCCGUGGCCACGGUGUUCCAGCAGAGUUUGGUCUCAUAGUGUCUAUUGCCCCUAUUCCAUCCUCUUUGUAAUGAAAAUUAAGCUUAAACAUUUUUCACAGUCGUUUAGACAACGCCUGUUUGUGAUUUAUUAUGGUAGCAUUAUGGAACUUGGUUCUCAUCAUCUUCUAUUUUGUGUUCUGCAGCUUCAACUUUUCUGCCAUUGCCUCCUCUGCUGGGUUUGAUUGAUCAAGAUGAGUUUUCAUCUCAUUAAGUUUGCCAACGGGGACAUUGCUGUGGUCCCGGAAAAUUGGUGUGAUGACGGGAUGGUGUACUGGCCAAAAUAUAAAAACACUGAACGUGCCAAAAGGGCAGCGGCCAACAGUGAGACACCAGAGUCAAACUGGCCAAAAUAUGACAUCAUGGUCAUCAGAACUUGUGACAACUACAAAGAUGCCUGUAGGCUAAUGGAGAAGUACCAGACGGGCUGCAACACCACUGAUCUUCAGUCUGAGGCAGAGGAGGAGUGUGGGCCGCCAGAUAAACGACAAAGGAAGGCAGUGCAUCACUUUGGGGACUCUGAUGAGAGUGAAGAUGGUGGCCAAUUGCACUGGCAGACUCCAACAUCUCGCCGAGGGCCAGGCAGCAGCAGCAGAGUCUCUCCUCGACUUGAGGAAAACUGUCUAGCACCUCACCAUGGGGCAGGACCGCAACAACCGUUGCCAAAACAACUCCGGAGAGUUACUCAAGGAACGGCAGUCCCUCCUCUUCUCCCUCCACCCCCUCCACCCCCGACAUCAACCCUGAGCCUGCGGCCAACAGAGGAGCCUUCUUCAAUCCCCGCCAUCGGACCAACAUGGCGAGGGGGAAGAAUGAAUGAGUCCAUUCCCUGCUCUGUGGCUGAAGUCCACAUCCUGAACCUGCUGGAGACGAUUAAACAGCAGCAAGACCAGCUCGUGGCAAAGGUCAACUACCUCUGCAGCAGGAUGAACAGCACCCCGGGGCCAGAAGUUGAGAUGCCUGAAAAUAUUAAUCUCCCGUUGGAACACCUGGAGGCAGUGGAGGCAUUUGAGGUGUUUUUAAAAGAACCCUCAAACCACCCAGCUCGACAGAGAAUAAUUGCUUCUUUGGCCACAAUUGGAGGCCAGGAUUUGAAGAGGGUGACUUGGAACAUUCUUGGCCGGCUUUACACAGACGACGUGUCCCACCAGAUCAACUGGAAAGGUGUGAACACCAAAAAGGCCUUCAGCCAGAUGUCGGCAAAGAGCUUGCUUUUCAGAACGAUUAUUAAGACGCCGGCUGGAUAUACUUUAUUUUCCUGA